CAUGUUUGGAGAGCUGGCUCUCCUCUAUAACUGCAUCCACACCUACUCUGUCUCAGCACAAACGGACAGCAAGCUGUGGGUUAUUGACAGCAAGAGCUACCAGACCAUACUUAUGCAGACUGGUCUCAACAGCCUUUCUCAUUCAAUGGAGCUCCUUAGCAGCGUUCCCUUCCUGCAGUCAUUGCCAGAGGAUGCUAUCAUGAAAAUGUCUGAUCUCAUGGAGGAGACACACUACAAUGAAGGAGACUACAUCAUUCGACAAGGGGCCACAGGAGACACCUUUUAUAUCAUUAGCAAAGGCCAGGUGAAAGUGACAGAAAUGAAGCCAGGGCAUGAAGAGAUAGUCCUCUCUAAGCUCACUGAGAGACACUGGUUUGGAGAAAAAGCUCUGUGGGGAGAGGACGUUCAGACUGUGAAUGUAGUUGCUGCUGGUGCAGUUACUUGCUUGGUAAUAGACAGACAGACCUUCAAAGACAUCAUUGAUGGGUUUGUUUUUGACUGCAGCCAUGAGGUGCCGCAAAGCCAUGAAUCCAAAGUCGAGUCAGACAAGGAUUGUGCUGUCCUUUCAUCUUCCACCUUAAGUGAUUUCAACAUUAUUUGCACUCUGGCAGCUGGGGAGUUUGGUCACGUAGACCUGGUACAACUAAAGAGCAACAUCAAAUGUCUUUUUGCCAUGAAGGUCCUCAAGAAGAAGCUGAUCCUCAACAAUGGUCAGCAAGAGCACGUCCUGAGAGAAGGGCGCAUCCUAAUGGAGGCUUAUUGUCCAUUCAUAGUCAGGCUACAUAAAAUCUUUAGAGACCCUGAGUGCCUGUACAGUUUGACAGAGGCUUGUCUUGGUGGGGAUUUAUGCAGUCUACUUAAAGAUAAGGGAUAUUUGGAUGAAUGCAGCACCAGGUUCUACAUAGCUUGUGUUGUUGAGGCACUGACCUUUCUUCACGGCCGAGGUGUCAUCUAUAGAGACAUCAAACCUGAAAAUAUUGUUCUGGAUGAGCAUGGUUAUGCCAAACUGAUUGGCUCCAGAUGUCUAAAGAAGGUUGAGGUGGGUAAGAAAACCUGGACAUUCUGCGGUACACUGGGCUAUAUCGCACCUGAGAUCAUCUUGAACAAAGGUCACAGUGUAUCUACAGACUUCUGGUCCCUAGGCGUAUUUCUGUUUGAACUACUGAGCGGUGGACUGCCAUUCAGUGGCUCUGACCCUCUGAAGAUUCUCACUGCAACCAUUUGCGGCAUCGAUCAGAUCGACUUCCCGAAAAACAUCAGCAAAAGUGCCUCCAGUCUCAUAAAGAAACUGUGCAGGAGCAAUCCCUCGGAGAGACUGGGCACUCUGAGAAAUGGGGCCAAGGACAUUCAGAUGCACAAAUGGUUUGAAGGAUUCGACUGGGACGGACUUUGUAAAAGAACAUUAAACCCACCAGUUAUUCCCAAAGUUAAUCAUCCUUUGGACAGCAGUGCAUGUGGUCAUUACACUGAGGACCCAGUGGAGCUGUGCACAAACUGGGAUGAUUUCUGA